AUGGCAGCUUAUGCAGCUCUGAUGUCUCUUAUGCAUACUAUCCACCACAUCCAGCAUCAUCCUCUCCUUCCUAUUUCUCUGCAAAAAACUCAAGCUCAAUCUCUCUCUGAAAACAUUGCUUUCCUUGAGGAAUUUCUUCAGGGUCACAACGAUGACUACAAGGACGAAGCAGAUGGAUUGGAGCGUCGCAUUGCAGAUGCAGCUUACGCAGCAGAAGAUGCGAUCGAAUCACAUAUCGAGGAUCAAAUUCUAGCUGAAUCCAUGGAUAACGGGAAAGAGAUCAGCACCGUUGACUUGUAUGAACGUCUGCAGAAAUCGAUAGAAGAACUGGAUUCGAUCAAGGAAGAGGCGAUGGAGAAGAAGCAGAGAACGAGAGCUCCAGAUCAGACGACGCAGAGGAGGAGUUCGUCGUCAUCAAAGGCCGUUGAUUCCAACACCUUGGUGGGCGUUGACGACGUGGUGUACGAGUUGAUGGACAAGCUGACCGGAGGAGAAUCCCGCCGUGAGGUCAUCCCUAUCGUGGGGAUGGGCGGGAUUGGUAAGACUACUCUUGCUAGAAAUGUUUACCGGAAUCAGACUAUUGUGCAGCACUUUGAUAUUCUUGUUUGGGUUACAAUUUCUCAAGAAUACAAUUUGAAAGAAUUACUUUUAGAGCUUCUCCAAGUGGAGCAGGGGAGUCUUUCCAAACUGACUGAAAAUGAAUUAGGAGAAAAGUUACACAAGAAAUUAUCAAGUAGGAGGUAUUUGAUUGUAAUUGAUGACAUUUGGGAUAUCAAAAUUUGGGAUAAACUGAAAUUUUACUUUCCCGAUUACAAUGAUGGGAGUCGAAUACUGCUUACUACAAGGCUUUCAAAGUUGGCCUUUCAGGUCUCUGAUUCUCAGGGCAUUCAAGUGGGAUUCCUGGAUAAGCACGACAGUUGGAAUCUCUUCUGCAAAAUUGUGUUUGGGGAAGAAAUCAACUGCCCUCACGAACUUGAGCGAUUAGGGAGGAAGAUCGUGGAGAGCUGCAAAGGUCUUCCGUUGUCGAUUGAUGUGAUCGGAGGGCUCUUAGCAAGAUCUCCGCGGACGCAACAAUUUUGGAAACACAUUGCAGAAAAUCUGAGCUCGGUAGUGAACUCAGACGACGAUGAGCAUUGCUUGAAAGUAUUAUACACGAGUUAUAAUAGCCUGCCACUUCAUUUGAAGCCAUGUUUUCUCUACAUGAGUGUUGCUAAAGAAGACAGGGAGAUUGCUGUCUCCAACUUCACUAAAAUGUGGGUUGCCGAGGGAUUUCUAAAGCCGAUUGGUGGGAAAACCUCGCAAGAGGUGGCGGAAGAGUGCUUAGAAGAGCUUGUUGGUAGAAAUCUCAUUUUAGUUCAAGAGCGUGACUUUUAUGGAAAGCUCAAGUUAUUCAAACUCCAUGAUCUCGUGAGAGACUUAUGCUUGAGAGAAGCUAAGAGGCAGAAGUUUGGUUGCAGAUUAUCCAAAGUGUAUUCAAAGGAAUAUUCAAACUCCAAUCUCCAACAUCAAACGCAAGAUAUUUUUAAAAGAGUUAAUUUGCGGUAUAUUGAUGUUCGAAGACCUGGAAUGAUCCCUUCUUCGAUCUCUUUGCUUUGGUACCUGCAGACAGUGAUGGUUGAAUCUGGGAAGAAUGGUGUCGUGCCGUCUGAAAUUUGGAAAAUGCGUCAGCUCAAGCAUGUUGAAAUCAAGCCGAGGCUUGAGCUCCCGAGUCCCCCUGUUGAUGAGGUUGUGGUUUUGGAAAACUUAGAGACGCUCCACACGGUACAUGAUUUCAGAUGCCGUGGAGAGGUGGUUGAGAGGAUUCCCAAUAUCAAGAAACUGCGAAUAACGUAUUGGGAAGUGAGUGAGGACAGUUUGGAUGAAUACAGUCUCAACAAAAUUGAGCUUCUGCAUAAACUGAGUUCACUUAGUGUGAGCAACUAUGUGAGCCGAUUAUCUCCUGUGUUUUCAGAGAUGAGCUUACCACAAUCUGUGAGGAAGUUGAGCUUACGGGGCACGCAUCUCCAGUGGGGGGUGAUGACAGAGAUGGUGGGUUGGUUGCCUUGGCUUCAGGUGCUGAGGCUGAGGGAAUAUGCCUGCGUAGGAAGUGAGUGGUGUACGGUGGAAGGGCAGUUCUGCAGGCUCAAAUUAUUGGAGAUAAGUGAGGGUGAGGAUUUGGAGUGUUGGGAGACGGAGAGCUCCCACUUUCCGGUCCUUGAGCACCUUCGCCUUGGAUACAUGCGUAGGCUCAAGGAGAUCCCUUCGGACAUAGGAGACAUUCCGACGCUCAAGUCAAUUCAGUUGGAUAGGUUUUGCAGCGAUGCAGCCUUUCGUUCUGCAAAACAGAUCCGAGUUGAGCAAGAGGAACUUGGGAAUGAGGACCUUCGAAUUCAACUUCCUUGCUAA